UACUUAAUGCCGCUUCAGGUCCCACACGGCUGUUGCUCUCUGCAAAUAUAAUUUUCCUGUUUGCACUGUGCUUAAGUACCUUAAAAGUUAAGUGAUUUGACAUAUUCUUCCUGGAAAAGACAGAGACAGAGCAACUCAAGUUUUUCACUAAAUCAUAUUAUAUUGAAACAGGAGUAAUGGCGCUCGGCGCUAAAGCUAUGGUUCUGUUUUGUGGAGUUGUACUCGGUUGCACUCGAUCAUCUUUGGCUCUUACACGAGAAAUGUGUUCGGCUUCGACAACCGAGAUUCCUAUGUCCUGUUGUCCAACGGAGCUGUUGGGUGCAUGUUGCCUACCUAUCGUGAGACCGUGCAACGAAACACUCCAGCUACAGAUCACAGAACUCAUGUCCAACUUCUCGAGGCUUCCCUCCAUUCCCAGCUCUGUAAUCUCUUCGAGGAGGCGCCGAGAUGCGAAAGCCUACAACGUAUCUUCCGCCAAUUCAUCAACUCCGACAAACUCGUCGAGUCCCGAUGGAGGUCAAUUUGGUCUUCAGAGCUUCUCUAGUCUGGUGGACUACCUCGGUACCCAAUCCAAUCAAAAUCGAAAGCCAUACUGCGUUCAUCCUAUGAAUUCGUCAGCAUGUCUGGAUGGCUUCUACCUGGACGCCGUCGAGUCAAAACCAAAGCCUUGCCCCCCAGGGUUUUACUGUCCAAGUAAUCAAUUGUGUAUAAUACCAUGUCCAGAGGGAUCGUAUUGUAUCACAGAUUACGUGGUGAACUCAACGAAAGGGUCUUCCUACGGCUGUCGCGAAGCAGGCUUUUGCUGUGAACCGUCCGGCGGGGUGCCGGUCUAUGACCCGGACAGCGGAAGGUAUAUCUGCCGCGGCUCCUUUAGACCUAACCCCUGUGAAAAGGGUUACUUCUGCCCUAACGUCACUUCACGCAAGAUAUGCCCCGAGGGCUACUUCUGUCGAGAAGGGAGUGUCGAGCCACAGCCUUGCCCACCUCUAGCGAGCUGUAAAGUAGGCUCUUCUGCUCCAGUCGUCAUGACAGCUGGUGUCUCCUUACUCGUUCUCAUCAUCGUCCUCGCGACCGUGGUCAGCGUCUGCUUCUAUUACCGCCGCACAAUCAGGUUUUACUCCCAUCUGUACGCUUCACGAUAUUUGAAACGAGACAAGGAGGCGAUCAACGCUUUUCAAGUAGACAGUGGUCUGAGAAUGGCGAUGAUUGGUGCAUCGGAAAUCCACAACCAAGCAGACAAGAUUGUCCCGAAAGACUUCCAAAUCAACAUCGCUUUUCAUAACCUCAGCCUGCAACUUAAAGGGGGGUCAAAGAAAAAGGUGCUUGCUGGCGUGACAGGAAAGAUCAACUCAGGGGAAGUUACAGCCGUCAUGGGCCCCUCAGGAGCCGGCAAAACGACCUUCCUGAACACGCUCAGUGGCAAGGCGUACUACGGGAAUCGGGGUGGUGACAUCUUUAUCAACGGCGUCAAAGAAAGUGACUUUGACAAAUAUCGGACAAUCACUGGCUUCGUUCCACAGGAGGAUGUCAUGCACCGUAACUUGACCGUCAAGGAAGUGCUGAGGUACCAAGCGGAGCUAAGGCUGUCCUCAUCCACGAAAAGCUCCAAGAAGCAUGAACGCGUUCAACAGAUUAUUGAGCUUUUGCAGCUUGAGCGUAUCCAGGAUUCGCAAAUCGGCGACGAGGAAAACCGUGGUAUAUCUGGUGGGCAGAGGAAAAGAGUAAAUAUCGGAAUGGAACUGGUUGUGGAUCCUACCCUACUCUUUCUGGACGAGCCGACAAGUGGUCUCGACAGUACCUCUAGUCUGUCUGUGCUGAACGCACUGCGCGCCGUCGCCGAAAAAGGCCGACUCACCAUCGUCUGUGUCAUCCAUCAGCCACGCUUUGAGAUCUUCCGCAUGUUUCACAACCUUCUCUUCCUGGGUCCUGGUGGCCGAACUGUUUUUCAAGGUUCGGUUGACGAGGCGGAGGAAUAUUUCCAGUGUUUGGGAUUCGAGAAGCCUCUUAACGUGAACCCCGCAGACUUCUACAUGGACGUGAUUGGUGGGGUGUACGUCAAGGAUAACUUCGCGCCUUCGCAGCUUUUUAACGAAUGGGAAAGUUACCAAUCAGAGCGUGAUGGCGUUGAUGCCCCGGUUGAAAGCCCGCACACCGUGAUUGACACCUCAUCUACUGCCAAUCUUGUGGCAUCUACAAAAGGCGUACAGCUUAUCGGUAUGAGGGAACUCAACGAGUCCAACGGCGGGUCAGCAAAACCCGUAUCAUUUGAGCAAAGAAAGAUGCCAAAUUUGUUUGCGCAGUUUUUGACAUUCUACCGACGUGAGAAUCGGCUGCUGUUUAGGAUCUUGAGGACGCUGUUUUUGGACCAGAUGAUGGUGCUUGUGGCAGGACUUAUCCUCGGCGCACUUAACACGGAGGUCGCUUUGUCGAACAUUUUUUCCUUACAGACGAUCAGCUGUAUCGCUCUUGGCCUGACCGCCAUGCUCCCUGCGCUACGUUAUUUUGGAAACCACAGGGUGAUAUUCUGGAGGGAAUCAGCGUCUGGGGUAAAUCGACUCAGCUAUUUCCUCGCGGUGGAUUGUGCGCAGUGGCCAAUCAUCCUCAUUAGUCCACUAGUGUACCUGAGUCUUCUGUAUUCCUUGACCAUCCCAAGAGGUCAGUUUAUUCAUCACUACGCGUCGACUGUAGGGGCGUGGUUCGCGUGCAAUGGAACUGGUUACUUGCUGUCCAUCUUGUUAAAUCCAAGAAACUCGCAGCUCGCGUCGGUGCUCGUAGCCCUCAUUAACUCUUUGCUAGCAGGUUCCUCACCCUCCCUUUGCUCUUUGGACAAGUUUACGUUCGUCGGCCCCGCCCUCUACAACCUGUCCUAUGCUCGGUGGUACAUGGAGUCGCUAUUUGAAGUAGAAGCCAACCGAUACCCCCGUGUGAUGGCCCCUCUAGUAUACGGCAUCGCCGGCAGGAACGGCUACACCUUAAGGGAUUACAACUUUGCUCUCUCCAUGCUUUUCGUACUCGGAAUCGGAACACGCAUCUUAGCGUUCGUUGCGUUGUGCUUGUUGAACAGAGGCAAGCAGAAAUGAAGGGAUGAUUAUACUGGGUGUGUCAUCAAUCAUAAAAGCAAUUGGCAAUUGUAAUAUAUACUCUGAGCAGUGCUCGUAUCUUAACUAAAUUAGGCUCAUAAAUCAUGCUAUUCUAGCUUUAUGUGAUUUUCUUUUUUUGUUUUUUUAAUGUAUUUCGAGUUUUUUUUGUAAGGGACGGACCGUUAGAAAAGUGAAGGGGGGGGGGGGGGGGGUAAGGAACAAAAAAAAUUCAUACACGAAAAAAAUGGAAAAAAUGCAUGUAGUCAAGACAAGACAAAAAAAAUGCAUUCAAUGAUUUAAAAAAAUCCUGCACGUCUUUGAGACAAAGACAAACAAAAUAUUCACGACUGAAACCUCCCUACCCACCCCCCUUGCUCCCUUCCCCCACCCACCCCCCUUCAUUUUUCCAAUGGUACGUCCCUAAAAGGGGAAAGUACAGCCCAUAUGCGGCCUUUUUUAUAGGGGGAAAAAAACUUGUAUUUUCUCGCUAUGGACCUCAUAUAAAGUUUUUAUUUGCAAAACACUCCUAGUAGGUCACCUCGUGAUCUUCUCUCAGUUUUCAAUAACUCUCGUUAAUAAUUUCCAACAGCUAAAUCGCCAGCUGGCUUCACUCAUUCAAAAUCUUUUGAAGCGUUCUCAUUGUUCAGCACUGAAAUGGUUUUCAAUCACGACACUUCUCCCACAAGGCGUUGACAAUGCUAAUUGUAAUUCCGUUAGUUUGAAAGACGUAAUCCCCCAUCCUGUCUACAACAGGGUAACCAUAGAAAUGACAACAUGACUCACAAGCUAAAAUCUUUUACUGCAAACCAAAUAUUUACAGUGGCUUAUUUACAGAUCGAAUAUGCAAUUGAGAAAAUUCACAGCAAAUUGUAUUUUGUAAUUGAAAUAAAAAUGUACACCUUUA